ACCCUACCAUAUGUAUUGCUAGGGGAUGACAUUUUUCCACUCAAGCCUUGGCUAAUGAAACCCUAUCCAGGGAAAAAGCUCACUGAGCAACAGAGAAUUUAUAAUUAUAGGCUUUCAAGAGGAAGACGCACUAUUGAAAAUGCCUUUGGCAUUCUCUCUGCCAAGUGGAGGAUUUUCAGAAGGCCAAUUAAAGCCAAUGUAGAUUUGGUUGAACUGAUUGUCCAGUCCACAGUCUGCCUUCACAAUUAUCUACGACUAACUGAAAAUGCCAGCUAUACACCUGAAGGGUUCAUUGACUGUGAAAGCAGCAAUGGAGAGGUAGAUCCUGGUGAUUGGAGGAAGGAAGCAGUUGAUGAUGGGGGUAUGAGGGUUUUAAAUAGAAUUUGUGGUAACAGAUAUGGCUUUGAAGCUCGUUGUGUGAGGGAUGAUUUUAAAGAGUACUUCAAUGCAGAAGGUCAAGUACCUUGGCAGUUAGAAUAUGUUAGGAACUGUGGACACCUAGCCACACAGGGAUUUGAUGUGUAGAAGUAGUGCGAUCAACAGUACUUAUAACUAAUGGAAUUUUACAAACUCAAAGUAAAUAUCAAUCAUGUUUCAGUGUGUACAAUUCCAUGGAAAAUGUCAAUCAAAUCCUUAAAUAUGAUAUGUGAAGGCAUUUAUAGACAUCUAGUUAGUAGUAAAAUGACAGUUUAGCAUUCUCAAGCAACAAUUAUUAUAUCAAUUGUUGUAAUGCUUAUUUACAAUUGGCAACAAAUGUGUGGACCCUUAUCAAUAACAAUGUAAACAUUCUCAUACACUAACUUUAAACACCAUUAAAAACCCUUACCUUAAAAGACCUGGAACAAAUAUGAUUUCUAAUAAUUUAUGGCUUGUUAUUCAACCAAUUAUUAGAAUUAGUUUGUAAAAGAAUGUACAACUAAAAAAUAGAUUCACCAAAGGUUUCCUUUUGUUCAGUUUAUUAUAAUAGCUAUAACAUGUAACAUAACAACAAUAAAUAAGCUUUUGUG